CGAUGAUUCCCCUCUUCUUCUUCUCUGCGCCAGAUGCUCAGUCUCAUAACGCACCAGUCUCGACCACAAGGAGGAUUUCGGCACGAAGGGAGAACUCCACAACACAGGCACUGAAGUGACAGCUCUAUUCCUCACCAACUCCUCCAGAGGUGGUUGACUAUACUGGCGGCGGGGAGGGAGGCGGAGCCAGCAAACCACGGAAGCAGCAAGAGCAGGCCUGAAGGUGGGGGCCCCCUUUUGGAUCCCCGGAAGCCUACAAAUAACUGCCACGGCGUGAAUUACCAACGUCGACCUUGAACUGAUCUUUUGGGGUCAGCCCUUGAAGACCAAGAAUGCACGAAUCACUUCUGGGAGCAGGCGGCCCAGGGGGGACAUCUCUGGCCCGGGACCGCGAGUUACAUGGGGUCCCGAGCCAGAUAGCACAUACUAAACCACCAUUUAUCCAUCCACGGAUCAAUUGUUGAUUUCUCCGUUUAGUCAAAUCGUAUUCUGGGCCCCACCGAACAUCCCAUUCGAAGAUCGGCACUCCGUGCUCACGGAGCUGCUUCCUCCAGGCGCAUGACAGCCGCCCGGGGCCUGAGAAAAUCUCCAGCGCAACUGGCAUCAGGAGGCGAGCGACCGGAGAGGAUGUUGCCAAUCUGCCUCUCCACGCGCGCGGCGAAGGCGAGCAGCCCGGCCGGCAGCUUGCCGAUCUGCUCCGUGACCCGGCCGCCCUUGGUGCACCGCAUCAGCGAGCGGUCGUCGCGCCACCAGCCCCUGGCCUUGAUCUCUGCCAGCGCGCGGCGCCUGGCAGCCAGAUCCGACGCCGCCCCGCCGUGCCGCAGCUGGUGCAACGUUGGCGGUCCCUCCAGGCCGAGGCGCACCCUGGCCGCGCGGUAGGCGGCCGCCAGCUGCGCGUACGAGAGGUGCGACACGGCGCCCUCGAGCCCGGCCUCGCCCUUCAGGAUGCCGAGGACCGGGGCGAGGAACUGGAAGAAGGGCAGGUCCAGCAACAGGCUCUCGUCAUGCUCCCCCGUCUUCGACGUGGUCUCGGCCUCCUGCGGGAUCAACACCAGGCCCUACAGGUCGUGGCCUGGCAGCGCGAGCGGCGGCACCAGCUGCUUGCCGACGAGGCCGAGCAGCUCCACCGGCCUCGGGUAGAAACAAAACAUCACCACCACGAGCCGCGCCGCGUGAAGGUUGCCGCGGAACGCCAGGUCGUUGGCGAUGAGGCAGAGCACCUCCCAAGGCGUCGGCAGGCGGCACUUGGGAAGCGCCAGCCGCUUCCAGCCCCGAGGGCAGCGGGAUAGCCGCGGCAGCGAGCGGUCGUGCACCAGGCGCGGCAGGAAGUACUUCAGCACGGCGCCGAGCUUCGAGCCCUCGUAGCUGUCGCCGCCCUCGAGGAACUGCUGGUGGCAACGCUCCACGGCCGCGCUGUCCACCUUGGCUGCGCUGCUGAGCGUCGCGCGCAUCGCCGACGCGAACAGCUUGAACCCCUCGAAGACCCCCGCGUAGUCCCGCGGGCUGUGGGGGCCGACGCUCUCGCGCUCGAGGACCGCCAGCCCGCGGCUGUCCGGGCGCCUCGCCGGCCCCGGGAGGCGGGCCUCUCUGUUCGCCCUUCGAGCCUCGCGGGCCGCUCCGGCGGAGGCCCCCGCGAGCGCGGCGGCAGCGGCGAAGUGCCCGCGGUGGCGAGCCGGUCGCCGAGUCCUCCCGGGCCCUCUUGGACGGCCGCGCCAGGGGCCCCUUCGUCAGCACAGGGGCCGGCGCGGGCGGCGCCUGCUGGGGCCCGCGGAGGAGCGCCAUCCCCGGCCAAGGCCGCGGCGAGGGCGCCCGCGGGGCCGGCCCAGCUCGUCUUGAGCCGAGCCGGCUGAUGGCAACGCGACGGCUUGUCGGCGACGUUGAGCUCCGACCGUACCCAGCGGACUCGAGGAUACAUCUGGGAAGCGAAGAUAGCGGCGCACCACUGGCGGCGCACUCGCAUCAACAUGGGCGAAGAGGAGCGUCCUUGAUCCAUGGCAAGCACCUCGGACAUCGCAUCCGUGAUGAAGAGCUUGCGGGCGCCGUGGUUGGCCAGGCUCCUGCUGGCGCGCCUAGCCGCCCACGCAAGCGCCCGCCCCUCGAGCACGGGCAUGGCCUCAAGUCUGGACCACUUGCCCGAGGAGACCGUCGCCCAGCCGCCGGCGAGCAGCUCCGGCCCCAGCUCGGGGACCACCACGCGGGGGGCAGCCUCGGAGUCGCCGCUCCAGCGACCGAGCUCCCACGGCUCGACCUCGCCGGCCUGGGCGGCGCCAGGCUGGCGCCACUGCGCCACGAGCCUUGGUUUCCAGCGUGGGUCUGUUACUAUAGAGAGGGUCAUGAACCAAACGUUCAAACACAUGUUAUGCCUAUCUGUGCAUAUGCGGUCUGGCA